CUCGACCGGAAGUGCGCCGUGUGUGUUUCUUCCGGCAGCUGGUUCCGCCAUGGCGGAAGGGACCGGGCCGGCCUUGCUGGACGUGCCGCCUCACGAAUGCCCCGGCACCGGCAGCGACCAGGCGGGCAAGGCCGACGCCUGCCAGGGAUGCCCCAACCAGGGCCUGUGCGCCUCGGGGCAGCCCGCCGGCCCCGACCCAGCUAUUGAGGAAAUCAAAGAAAAAAUGAAAACUGUGAAGCACAAGCUCCUGGUGUUGUCUGGGAAAGGAGGCGUGGGCAAGAGCACAUUCAGCGCUCACUUGGCACAUGGCUUAGCAGAGGAUGAAACUAAACAGGUUGCUGUCCUGGACGUUGACAUUUGUGGUCCAUCCAUCCCUAAAAUCAUGGGCCUAGAAGGGGAACAGGUUCACCAAAGUGGUUCUGGAUGGUCUCCAGUGUAUGUUGAAGAAAAUUUAGGCGUUAUGUCAGUGGGAUUCUUGCUCAGCAGCCUGGAUGAUGCUGUGAUUUGGAGAGGACCUAAAAAAAAUGGAAUGAUUAAGCAAUUCCUUCGCGAUGUGGACUGGGGUGAAAUUGACUACCUUAUUGUAGAUACGCCUCCAGGAACCUCGGAUGAGCACUUAUCAAUAGUGCAGUAUCUCAGCACCAGUAAUAUAGACGGGGCAGUGAUCAUCACCACUCCUCAGGAAGUGGCACUUCAGGACGUUCGAAAAGAGAUAAAUUUCUGCCACAAGGUGAAGCUGCCAAUCGUAGGAGUUGUCGAAAAUAUGAGUGGUUUCAUAUGCCCAAAAUGUAAGACAGAGUCACAGAUAUUCCCCGCAACAACUGGAGGUGCAGAGGCGAUGUGCCGCAGCCUCAAUGUGCCCCUCCUAGGGAAGGUGCCUCUGGACCCUCAAAUAGGGAAAAGCUGUGAUCAAGGGCAGUCGUUCUUGUCUGAAGUACCAAAUUCUCCAGCCACGUUGUCCUACAGGCAUAUCAUCCAAAGAAUCCAAGACUACUGCAGCCACAACCACCCGCAGGAAGAAAGAAACCCUUGAUGAGCAAAUGAAUUUUAGAAGAAUCAUAGGAAAGCAUUCAUCACCUGGAGCCUUUCUGUAUAGGAAUGUAAUAAAGCCUUUGUUUUGCAAAUCUUUUUGAGUAAUAA